AUGUCGAGCGGGAAACAGAGUGUGGGAGGAGUGGUGAAAGCAGAAGUUAAAGCAGAGAUUGUUCAGUAUCCGUUUUGGUUUGGAGGUAGUGCAAGUUGUUUUGCGGCUUGUGUUACUCAUCCAUUAGAUCUUGAUUUUAAUUAUGUUCUAGUUAAGGUCAGAUUACAGACUCGAUCCGGUAAUGCACCAAAAACUAUGGUUGGCACAUUUGUGCACGUUUUGAAGCACAAUGGGCUCGUUGGACUUUAUUCCGGACUCAGCGCAUCUCUCCUCCGUCAGAUAACAUAUAGUACCACCCGAUUUGGUAUCUACGAAAGACUCAAGACAAACUUCACAUCAGGAACCAAACCUCCCUCCUUUCCCACUCUUAUUGCCAUGGCAUCAACUUCUGGUUUUCUUGGCGGAAUCGUGGGAAAUCCUGCAGAUGUACUGAACGUGCGCAUGCAGCAUGAUGCCGCGCUUCCAGUGGAACAGAGAAGAAACUAUAAAAAUGCUGUGGAUGGGUUAAUACGCAUGACGAAAGAGGAAGGGUGGAAAAGUUUGUUCCGUGGGGUGUGGCCAAAUAGUAUGAGAGCUGUCUUGAUGACUGCCUCUCAAUUGGCUUCAUAUGAUGCUUUCAAACAGCUUCUUAUUGGACAUACGUCAAUGGAAGAUGGACUCUCGACACAUUUUACUGCUUCAUUGAUGGCGGGAUUCGUGGCUACAACAGUUUGUAGUCCAGUAGAUGUGAUUAAGACGAGAAUCAUGAGUAGUCAUGAGAGUAAGGGGUUGGCGAAACUUUUGGCAGAUGUGUAUAAGGUUGAGGGAGUUGGGUGGAUGUUCAGGGGUUGGGUACCGAGUUUUAUUCGCUUGGGACCUCACACAAUCGCAACAUUCCUUUUCCUUGAGAAACACAAGGAAUUGUAUCGAUCUCUGAAAGGAAUCAAAGAGCCCGAAGCUACGGUUGUCUAA